ACGAUGAAAUUGCAGCAAACGAUAUUGGAAUGCUGCCCAAGAAGUCAAAGCAUCUGGUGGUUAGUCUCCUGUCGAGGCAACACACACUCGGGCUUUCUCUACCCCGCCAUUUAGUGCAUUCGUAG